AUGUCUACUAUACAGCCUGACAUUAUGUUACCCCCGUUGGGAACACAAAUCGCGCAGGAUGAUAUUGAACAACAAGCAGCUGUCGGACGGAUAUCGUUACCUUCUUCACAUGAUAGCUUCACCGACGACCGGAACAAAUCCAGACACUUGAACGAGGAUCCACAUUACAUUGCUGAUUAUCUGGCACACAACACUAGCAAAGCUGCUGCAGUGUUUCGAAGAUACGACAAGCUUGCUAUGUAUAGGCUCCUUUUACUGAGCAGAGAAUUGGACAGUUUGGAGAAGAAACACAAUGCGUUCGUGAACAGCGGCGACCCAGAGGAUGCGGAAAACCUAAAAGCCAAAGGCUUCGACAAUAAGGUCGGCCUCGUUCUGAAGGAAUACUCAGAGUCCUACAUCUGGACCCACCCGCGGAAAGAACAGUUAAAGCAAUCGAUCGAUUUGUUGCCACCCCAGAUUACCACGGAUGGAGAUCUUGGUGGGGAUACAGGCUGA